AUGGUGCAGAGACCCGCAAGUCCGACGUCCCUACUCUGGGCGCAUCAACUCAAGAAGGAACACGCGCAUCUGCUAGAGCGCAUGAAGGCGCUCGAGGCUAUGAGCAAAGCUGUUGUGGCCCGGAUGGAAGAGGCUGAAGCUACUACUGCGGCGGCAAGGGAGACUGUGACGCGUGUCGCUGACAUGGCUGCGCGUAUUGCUGCGAUUGAAGAGGAUGACGAUGAUGUCAGGCAGUGGAUCACGAAGCUCGACGAAGAACGGCAGGCGCAGGCUAGGAAGGGUGAUGACAAGCUGCAGAGCUUGUCCAGAAAGAUCGGGUUACUUGAUGCUGAGAUGAAGAGGCGUGAGAUGGAGGAGAAAGAGGCGAAGCGUAGGGACGAUGAUGUUUUGAAAAGACUCGUACAACUCGAAGUUGCGCGAGAGGCCGAAACGAAGGCUGCUGACAGGCUCGUCCGCAAGACCGAUCCGGUCGACAAAGUUUUGAGCCGACGACUGGACGCCUUCGAGUCUCGCAGGAACGAGGACAAUACCAAGAUCGCCGCUCUUCUUCAGAAGAUCAAGGCGCUCGAGAGCUUGAAUCACGAGCUUAGUACGAAGACCCAGCAAAUACAGAAGAAGCUCGAGUCAGCGAGGACUCCAAGGAACCACAUUCCACCGCGACAGAGAGCAGUGAACAGUAUCUCUACUGGGACAACGCAAAUGGAGACUCCUCUAGUCACUUCCCCCAACGUACAGGUGGCUCGAAGUCCUCUCGUUAGCCGACAGCUUCGCAGCCAUCCAGCAGUGCGGCCACUCCAGUUGCAGACAUCUCAGCCUCAAACAUAUGCUGUGCUCCGGCGGUCAUCCCGCGCAGCGCCGCGUAGUGAGAUACUAGCCAACAGACUUUUGCGGGCUGCACGUGGUCAUAGUCCAAACAUGGGAACAGGCGUACCUAGUAUCAUGAAAGAACCAGCAGAUCUAGCAAACUCGCGGAAGAAGAGGAAGGCUGCAUUGACUGGGGAAGUCAAAGAGACACGAAGCGUAAUCAAGACUCUGGAGCCGGCACUGAAACCAGUCGCGCCGAAGCUGGCCAACGAUCAACAACACGAACCUCAAGUUUCAGCAGCAACCAAUGCGAAGCCUCCACAUAAUCAUCCACAGAAGAAGAGGAGACAGAUCAUUCAGCUGCAUGACAUCUGA